AUGUCCAUGCGCAGGAGUCUUCAGAGAGAAAGAGACAGCGAGACAAUGAAGAUAGUGGCAGCCAUCACACUCAGCACCAGGGCCCAAACCCGCCCGGCGCAGCUUGCUGUCCAUGGACUCGGUGACAAACGCGCUCGCACUUGCAUAACCGCCUAUUUCUUAGUCUCCCAACAGCUCCAUAUUGGAUCAUGUUAUGAUCCCAUCGGUUUCGUCCCCUGGGCGCCUAUCAUCAUUGUCUUCACCAGAAUCCCUCCGGCGAGCUUGCCCCCCUCUCUCAUUCUCGACUCCAAGAGCCUCUUGGUCAUUUUGGGAGAGGGGGGGGAUCGGCUAUGCUCCAGUUCACAGUGGCUGCUGCGUAAGGAAGGCCACUCGGGACAUAUGUCGCAGAAUUCUCCAGUUCCCACCCGUCGUUCAUCUGCUGGCAAUGCUUCUCCGGAGAAAUCCACCAGCAGCAGCAGCAGGGGCCUGCCAGAGAAAGAACAGCCGUCUGCCGGUGAUCCUUCGUCAGCACCCAUCGAGCCUCGAGACAGCAGUCAUGGUACUUCUGCCCCUGCGCAGGCUACGCCCUGGACGCCUUCUGCGCCGGUGGAACCGCCAGUGGGACGACCUCAGGUCAGGUCUCUGGGAGUCCAUUCCAUUCUGAAUCCGUCUCCGGCAACGAUGCCACUCACGACGGACUCGCCUGUGAACCCUGGAGGUCAGCCGGCGAGCAGGCCAGGCCCGCAGCGGUCAUUGUCAGCAACUACUCUAUCCCAUCCGUCAUCAUUAUCUCAGUCAGCUCACAUCGUACCUCCGCAUCCGCCCAGCCAGCAUCGUCCUAGUCCACAGCAGCCGGCGGUGUCAUCUCCUCUGGCUCAUUCGCGGCGAAUCCUCACACCCGUUUCACCUACAUCACGAUUGCAAACUGCUGCAGCGGCAGUGAGCGGCAGAAAUCCAACCUAUCCUGCCACAAGCCCGCUUGCUCCGCAGUCAUCGGUGACUCAAGAGCCUCCAGCUGGCCCGUAUGCCCCUGCGUCUGCGGGCACGCUCGCAAAUGCACCGGGGGGCCACCUUCAAGGCCGAGUUUCUCUCCAUUCCACGCCAACUUUCCACAAUCGGCAGAUCAGUGGCCCGCCAACGAACCCGAGUUCGCAAGAGAACAGUCCCAGCACCCCCUAUUCAGCCUUCCCUCCAUUCGGGCACAUGCCUCCAGCCGUCGGUGGUGUCUCUGUACCGCAGCCCACACUGCCAUUUCCAAGUCCCUCACCCUACGCAUCUGUGGACCCUACUGCUAGUCGGCUUCCAGGAACCCCAGGAGGCAUGAGGCGUGUAGAGGAGCCCUCUGUCAGACUCGGCACCCAACAACCGGGUAUUACUUUUCAGGGAAUGAUUCCGUGUUAUGUCGACCUGAAGUCCGGUUCGUCCAGCCAGGCAGAGAAGAGAAGGGCAAACAGUGAUGCAUCAAGACGCUUCCGAAACAGAAAGAAGCAGGAGCAACAGAUGGAGCAGAAGAUCGCAGCCCAGCAGGAUGAGAUCAAAAGGCAGUCUGAAGCCCUUGCGCAAAAAGAAGAGGAAAUCAAGGCCUUGCUCAAGGAGAGAGAUUUCUACCGUUCGGAGAGGGACUUCUACCGUGAAAGUUUCAGCAGGUCCGUACCCCUGAGCCAGCUUCCUAACAGACCACCUUCUCCGGGGAACCUUCGACUACCAUCACUGUCUGGCUCAGAAGGCCCAGGGAAUCCGGUGGCCAGCGGACAACCUGCGCGACCAGAGAUACCGUCCACGACGACAGCUGCAUCGAUUCCAUCUAUUGCACCUUCACCCGCGGUUUCCGGAAUCCCGCUCCAGAACCAACUACCCAGCUGCAACACCAUCGAUGCUGGAUAUCAGUGUUUCCCGGAGAUUGCACAUCGCUGGGGACAGUAUUCGCCUUACUAUUCCAUUCAGACUCCGUCUGAUAUCUCUCCAGCAGUGCCUGAUGGGUGUCACAUCACAUUUGCGCAGGUCAUCUCGCGCCACGGGGCCCGAUUCCCCACGGAAUCCAAGAGCAAGACGUACAAGAACCUCAUUGAGGAUAUCCAGCAAAAUGUAACCGUGCUGCGCGGGAAGUAUGCAUUUCUGCGAACGUACAAUUACUCACUUGGUGCCGAUGACCUUACGGAGUUCGGUGAGAGGCAGAUGCUCGACUCCGGGAUCAGGUUCUACGAGCGAUACAAGGCUCUCACGCGGCGGAUUGUGCCAUUUGUUCGGGCAUCGGGGUCUGACCGGGUGGUUGCUUCUGCGGAGAAGUUUCUGCGGGGGUUUGAGAAGGCGAAAGUGGAGGAUCCGUUCGCGAAUGAUACACAGCGCGCCCCGAGAGUUGAUGUUGUGCUUGAAGAAAGCGAGACGUUCAAUAACACGUUAGAUCACGGCGUGUGUGCUGCAUUUGAGAGAAGCGAUUUGGGAGAUGAAGUAAUGGCCAAUUUCACGCAGCUGUUUGCGCCAUCGAUCCGUGAGAGGCUGCAGAAUGACCUCCCUGGUGUGCAACUCUCCAUCUCCGACGUCGUCAAUCUUAUGGACAUGUGUCCGUUCGAUACAGUUGCCAGAACUCCCGAUGCCAGCGUGCUUUCACCAUUCUGCGCUCUCUUUACGCAGCGGGAAUGGAUUGAAUACGAUUACAUGCAAUCUCUGGGGAAAUACUAUGGCUACGGCGCUGGGAAUCCAUUAGGACCGUCACAGGGAAUCGGAUUCACGAACGAAUUGAUUGCCCGCUUGACCGGAACUCCUGUCCACGAUGAAACCAGUACGAACCAUACUCUGGACUCGAGCCCAGAAACAUUCCCUCUGAAUGCCCGGCUUUACGCAGAUUUCAGCCACGACAAUGGGAUGAUUCCGAUCUACUUUGCGCUGGGCUUGUAUAAUGGUACCAAACCGCUCUCCCGGUCCACCGUAGAGUCUACUGCAGAGACGGACGGCUACUCAGCUGCGUGGACCGUCCCGUUUGGGGCCAGAGGGUAUAUCGAAAAGAUGCAAUGUCGCGGGGAGAGAGAGCCCCUGGUCCGUGCCUUGGUGAACAAUCGAGUUGUUCCUUUGCAUGGUUGCCGUGUCGACAAGCUGGGACGGUGUAAACUCGGUGAUUUUGUACGGGGACUGAGCUUUGCAAGGUCAGGAGGGGAGUGGGCUAGGUGUUCUAUCUAGACUCGAAGGAGAAGAAGAGGAAGAAAAAAACACAAUCCAGGCUGUGUUUACCUUGGAUGUAGUACUCUGAAAGACCCUGGCGCUGUUGCUUGCUCCACUCACACACUCCACUUUCAGGGCUUCCUUUUGGCUCUAUGUCCUGGGCAAUGCAAAUUGCACCACUGCCAAUUGAUCUAUGUUUGCCCUUAUUUCUCGCUAAAUCCAGGGCUUAAUACCAAUGCAGCAUGUGGCUGGUGAUACUGUUUGCAAGGCAGUGUGAGAACUACACUUCACUUUGGCAGCAUGCACUCUCCUCCAUCACUGUGAGACUAUUCACCAGCAUCUACCUCUACAUCCCUCCUUCAAGCCUUAGAAGCCUUCGUCCCUCUUUGAUUGUCUUCUCGUCGCAUCAUCUCAUCUCUGUUAUUCUUUUCUUGCUUCUGUUCCAAGCAAUAAGAUCAAUCUGUACAUCUA